AUGAUGAUGAUGAUGAUGAUGAUGAAGAAGACGUGUGAAAAGGAGCCAGUGUACUUCCUGUGUCGGCUCACACCGCAGACAGCUCCUCCUCCACCUGCUCCUCCUCCUCCUCCUGCUGCUGCUCCUCCUCCUUAAUCUGCUCCUCCUCCUCCACCUGCUCCUCCUCCUCCACCUGCUCCUCCUCCUCUACCUGCUGCUGCUCCUCCUCCUCCUGCUUCUCCUCCUCCUCCUCCACCUGCUGCUCCUCCUCCUCCUCCUGCUGCUCCUCCUCCACCUGCUGCUCCUCCUCCUGCUGUUGCUCCUCCUCCUCCUCCUCCACCUGCUGCUCCUCCUCCACCUGCUGCUCCUCCUGCUGCUCCUCCUCCUCCUCCACCUGCUGCUCCUCCUCCUGCUCCUCCACCUGCUGCUCCUCCUGCUGUUGCUCCUCCUCCUCCUCCUCCACCUGCUGCUCCUCCUCCUGCUCCUCCUACUCCACCUGCUGCUUCUCCUCCUCCUCCUCCUGCUUCUCCUCCUCCUCCUCCUCCUCCUGCUGCUCCUCCUCCUCCUGCUGCUGCUCCUCCUCCUGCUUCUCCUCCUCCUCCACCUGCUCCUCCUCCUCCUCCUGCUGCUCCUCCUCCUCCUUAAUCUGCUCCUCCUCCUCCUCCUCCUCCUGCUGCUCCUCCUGCUGCUGCUCCUCCUCCUUAAUCUGCUCCUCCUCCUCCACCUGCUCCUCCUCCUCUACCUGCUGCUGCUCCUCCUCCUCCUGCUUCUCCUCCUCCUCCUCCACCUGCUGCUCCUCCUCCACCUGCUGCUCCUCCUCCUCCUCCUGCUGCUCCUCCUCCUCCUGCUGCUCCUCCUCCACCUGCUGCUCCUCCUCCUCCUCCUGCUGCUCCUCCUCCACCUGCUGCUCCUCCUCCUGCUGUUGCUCCUCCUCCUCCUCCUCCACCUGCUGCUCCUCCUCCACCUGCUGCUCCUCCUGCUGCUCCUCCUCCUCCUCCACCUGCUGCUCCUCCUCCUGCUCCUCCACCUGCUGCUCCUCCUGCUGUUGCUCCUCCUCCUCCUCCUCCACCUGCUGCUCCUCCUCCUGCUCCUCCUACUCCACCUGCUGCUUCUCCUCCUCCUCCUCCUGCUUCUCCUCCUCCUCCUCCUCCUCCUGCUGCUCCUCCUCCUCCUGCUGCUGCUCCUCCUCCUGCUUCUCCUCCUCCUCCACCUGCUCCUCCUCCUCCUCCUGCUGCUCCUCCUCCUCCUUAAUCUGCUCCUCCUCCUCCUCCUCCUCCUGCUGCUCCUCCUGCUGCUGCUCCUCCUCCUUAAUCUGCUCCUCCUCCUCCACCUGCUCCUCCUCCUCUACCUGCUGCUGCUCCUCCUCCUCCUGCUUCUCCUCCUCCUCCUCCACCUGCUGCUCCUCCUCCACCUGCUGCUCCUCCUCCUCCUCCUGCUGCUCCUCCUCCUCCUGCUGCUCCUCCUCCACCUGCUGCUCCUCCUCCUCCUCCUGCUGCUCCUCCUCCACCUGCUGCUCCUCCUCCUGCUGUUGCUCCUCCUCCUCCUCCUCCACCUGCUGCUCCUCCUCCACCUGCUGCUCCUCCUGCUGCUCCUCCUCCUGCUCCUCCACCUGCUGCUCCUCCUGCUGUUGCUCCUCCUCCUCCUCCUCCACCUGCUGCUCCUCCUCCUGCUCCUCCUACUCCACCUGCUGCUUCUCCUCCUCCUCCUCCUGCUUCUCCUCCUCCUCCUCCUCCUCCUGCUGCUCCUCCUCCUCCUGCUGCUGCUCCUCCUCCUGCUUCUCCUCCUCCUCCACCUGCUCCUCCUCCU